CCGGGAGGUGACAGCGCGUUGUGAUUGGUGGAGGGAGAGGGGGAAAUGACGUAUUGGUUGUUUGAUGAGUUGUCACUUCCGUGUUAGCCAUGGCGGCUGUCAGAGAGAGAAGGGAGCGAGGAGGAGACGUGUAUUCGGUGCUGCUUCCCACCUAUAACGAGAGGGAGAAUCUACCAAUCAUCGUCUGGCUGCUGGUCAAGUACUUCGGAGAAAGUGGCUAUAAAUAUGAGAUUAUCAUCAUUGACGAUGGAAGCCCAGAUGGGACAUUGGAGGUAGCCAAGCAGUUGCAGAAGAUCUAUGGGGGCGACAAAAUACUACUCCGACCCAGGGAAAAGAAACUGGGACUAGGAACAGCCUAUGUACACGGUAUGCAGCACGCAUCGGGAAACUUUAUCAUCAUUAUGGAUGCAGAUCUCUCCCACCACCCCAAAUUCAUCCCAGAGUUUAUAAAUAAACAGAAAGAAGGGGACUUUGAUGUGGUUUCUGGCACUCGCUACGCUGGAAAUGGUGGUGUUUAUGGCUGGGAUUUAAAAAGGAAAUUAAUCAGCCGAGGUGCAAACUAUCUGAGCCAGGUAUUGCUGCGUCCCGGGGCUUCUGACUUAACAGGAAGUUUCAGGUUAUACAAGAGAUCUGUCCUGCAGAAACUGGUGGAGAACUGCGUAUCCAAAGGCUAUGUCUUCCAGAUGGAGAUGAUCGUCAGAGCCCGACAGUUUAAUUACACUAUCGGAGAGGUUCCGAUCUCGUUUGUAGACCGUGUGUAUGGAGAGUCCAAGCUGGGAGGAAAUGAGAUCGUCUCCUUCUUGAAGGGCCUGUUAACGCUAUUCGCAACCACAUGACCCCCGGAGCGUGACACCCACCCAAUCAUCAAUCGGUUCCUCCCUCCCUGCAAUGAUAUCCGACGUUCAAACAAUUGUUAUGGUUUUGUAGAAAAGGACUACAGAAGUAAUAAACUUUUUUUUGUAUAUAAGUUUA